AUGACCGUCGAACUGUUGCGAGUGGAUUGGAGGGAAGGUUGCUUAACCACCGCAGGUUGCUCCCAGCCCAGAUUCAAGGUACUAGAGGAUAUGUUACCAAUCACUGAGAGGAUCUCUAUUAGUUGGCCGAUCUCGGAGCAUUUUGUGCAGGAUGCCUCUCGUCCGUUUGUGUCUCACUGGACAAAAGGUAAACCGGAAGAUCUGACACUUUCAUGCCGAGUGGUAGGAAGUGAUCCUACCUACGGCUUCCCGCGAGUCUGCGACCAGACGGCGACAAUUCGCGUUUUCCAAGAAGGAGUUGCUGAGGCUUCUGAUCGGAAUCGACAUCAUCGGAACAUGGCUCCUACCACUAUGAUGCCGGAAGAGGAGUUGGGCAAGAAACUGAUCGAGAUUCGAGCCAAGUGCUUCAAUGUCACGAUAGCUGUGCAGAAGCAUACAGAAAGAUGUCCAUGGUGUCCUGACCCUUCCGAUGUAGCGCUCAUUGAGCUAAGGCUGCCAGAAGAUAAUCCUGCUCUAUCAACGUCGAUUCUCUCACAGUUGACAAGAGACGAAAAGCUACUGCAUGUGUGCAUUCUGCUACUAGCAAGCAUUGCUGUAUUGACAUCGUUGGGCUUCGCUUGUGUGCUGUUUGCAUUCCUUCGACAGAAAAGGGCUUACCGGUGUAUUUCCCUGAAACCGAGGCACCAGCCCUAUUCUUCUACUUGCAAGGCGGCCGAAGACCAGAAUAGGUACGAUAUGCCUUGGGAGCAGACUCGUCCGCUUACCCAUAAGCUGUCAUCAUCGUCGAAAUCAGAGGCUACAACCACAUCGCCGCUUGACUCCGUGUCGUCACUCCAUGGCUCUCCUCCAGUCCGGAGCACGACUCUGGCAGGGGUUCGGUAUGACUGCGUUGGUGAUCCGCAGACUGAAUGCCCGCAAACUACGUUGUUCUUACGUUACAGUCAUAUACCUCCGGUACCACUUGUUCUCCCAAGGAUCCAGGAAAGACUAGACGAGGACGCACUAAGCCACAAUCGUCGAUUACGCGAAUGCCUCGUAGACGGUGGCCUCCCGUUACAUCAAGAUAUUGCUCGUUGCAAAUGUGGUUUUCUUACUCCGUACACUCGAUGCGACACACUGGGUCACCUUGCAAAAGCCGUGACAACAAAUGCACGACUUGCAAAAAACUGA